CGGUGCGUUUAAUUUGUUCUUGCCGGCGGAGAGGACGGCGCUUACUUUGUACGUCCGGCACAAAAAUCUCAGCCCUAGGAUCUCGCUGAAGUGUGUGAUCGAUAUCUCUGUGCCUCUCGCAGGAGCGCUACAGAGCAUUUAUCCAGCAGGAAAUUCUUUGUACAAAUGGCCAGUUUGCACGGUGUCUCGAGAAGAGUUCAAAUUUUUCAAAGAAGGUUUUACCCGUCUUGUGGUCAUCUCCUUGGUAAUAAUAAGGAUGACACUGAUACAGCGUCUCAAAACCUUGGUACAAUGAUCCACAAAGUCUUGCCACAUAAUGGGACUAACAGGUUGAGCUCUCUAUUCCGAGAGAGGCAAUAUCGGUCAUUAGCUGGCCCAGUCGGCUUUGGUUUCUCGUCUUGUAGGCAUAUGAGCUCUACACCGGAAGAAUGGUCAGAUAAGGUCGAUGGUUUUGACUUUGCGGCGGAGGAAAUUAUCCCUGAUGGGACCAUUGAAGCUGUGGCAAGCUCCGUUCCUGUAAUAAACGAGGUGGCUAUUGCAGCUGCAGAUUCUUUUUAUCCUGUUGCGGCCUUGCAAUACUUGGUUGAUGGUGUGCAUUCAUUUACUGGUCUGAACUGGUGGGCGUCAAUAGUUAUGACGACUUUGAUUAUCCGUGGGCUUACAGUUCCUGCCCAUCUGAAUCAACUGAAGGCUACCUUCAAACUCGAAAUGCUGAAGCCACGCUUGGAGGAGUUAAGAGAAGAGAUGAAUAGUAAGACUAUGGAUCCUGAAACCAUGGCAGAUGGUAAAAAACGGAUGCAAGCAUUAUUUCAUGAAUAUGGAGUAACUCCGCUUACUCCUCUGAAAGGAGUUCUUAUUCAAGGAACCAUCUUUGUCAGCUUCUUCUUUGCGAUUAGAAAUAUGGCAGAGAAAGUCCCAUCAUUUAAAAGCGGUGGUACUCUCUGGUUUACUGAUCUUUCAAUUCCAGAUAGCUCAUAUGUCUUGCCUCUGCUCACUGCACUUACUUACUUGAUUACAGUGGAGUGCGACAUGGCGGCAGGCCAUGAAGGGAAUCCAAUGGCUGGAACUAUGAAGAAAGUCUCAAGGAUCCUUUCUUUUGUCUUGGUUCCCGUCAUGAUGAGCUUCGAAACUGCAUUGUUCGGUUUCUGGCUUACUUCCAACCUGUUUUCGAUUGGAUAUGGACUUGUGCUAAAACGGCCGGAGGUGAGGAGGCUCUUGAAUAUCCCGAUUUUAGGCAACUCGCCAACCCAGCAAUCGCCGCCCUCCCCUAUGCACUUUCCCUUUUCGCCAGCAAAAGAGGAGAGUGUAGUUAGAGAGAACAUCCCCAUACCCUCUGAGACAUCGAGAGUUUCUGACAGAAGGAUAUCUCGGAAUUCAGUUCUGAGGCAGAGAAUGAGAACUCUUCAGAGACAAAUUAAAGACAUAAAGAACAGCAAGUGAGGCAUCUCCAUUUUGGUAUUACCAUUACCAUGCCUCGGCCUAUGUUAUGUUGCAUGUAGACAGGCCUAUCCCUUCAUCCAUUUUCACAUGUUCGAACUCUCUCUCUCUCUCUCUCUGGAUCGAGGUUGGCUUUCAGAUAUUUUAGGUCGUAGCAUGUCAUAUCAUGUCAAGUUGCUUUCUGAGAAAAUAAAGAACCAGGGCAACUUUCCCUCUGGAUGUAACUCUUCACAUCUAUGAAUGAGAGUACAGGUUUUUAGAGCUCCAUUUUUAGUC